AUGUCACAAGCAAAGUCAUUUUUUCACAAUGUUAAAAGCAACGUGUUUAGCAUCAUGUUUUGGGCCCCCCUAGCAAACUGGGGUUUCGUCCUGGCGGGCUGCAACGAUUUGAAGAAAUUGCCCAUGUUUGUUUCGGAGAAAAUGACAGCCGUUCUGGCCGUUUAUAGUUUAUUAUUUAUGAGAUACUCCCUUGCAAUAAAGCCAAAAAAUUAUUUGCUUUUUUCCUGCCAUGCUACAAACACUGUUGUGCAGAGCAUUUUGCUUUUUCGAAAAUUGAAAUACGAGGCAGAGAAUAAGAAGGCCUUGCAACCUGUCUGA